UCAGAACAUUGCAGUCAAUUGCAUUCAUUUUCGAGCAGCUGUGUAGGAAACAGCUGAAGAAAAUGGCUUUUCAUUGCAGAGUCUUCCUUGCUUUACUUUUAAUUAAUGCAGUAUAUGCACAGGCUGUUGCAGCAAAAGCAGCCACCAAUGGAUCGUGGCAGCCUUGGAUAGUUGGACUCACUGCCGUUACUGUGUUCAUUUUCAUCAUCUUUGUCCUGUUGAUAAUGAACAGGGUUUUUUGUACAAAGAAUGACAAACAUCAUCAGCCUGACAUGGAAUUAUCCCCUGAUGAUAGGAAUAAGAAUCAGGAGGACUCUGACAGCAAUCGAUCUGCUUGUGAUGGAACACCAGCAGCCAAUGCAUAUUCCAACCUAGUAAUCAUUGAGGAUGAGAAAAGGACAAGCCUAUAAAGCACUCCAACUGGAAGCUCAUGCACAACUUCAAUAUUGUCUUUAUUUUCCGCCCGAAUAUAGAGUGAUUACUUAGUAGCUGAAAGCUGUAAUCUGUUGUAAUGCAAUACAGAGACUAUGGUUGUGCACUUCUUAAGGGCAACUAGAGAUCGGCUAUAAAUAUAGAUCAGCCAGAAAUGCCCAUGCCUAUUGGUUGAAUAAGAUAAAAACGUGAUGAUUAAAUUGUGAUCAUUUAAGAUUUUUGCAACUUAUGAAAAUAUAAUUUGCUACAUGUAAGGUAUUAGUGCAUUUUUCUGCAAGAAUUGGGAAAUAUAUAGAAUUGUAUAAAAGAUCAUCAAUAAAUAAUAAUGGAAACCUCUUCAUUUCUCACUUGAAACUUCCAAUGUGAUGUCUGUUUGGGUAUUACACAGAUGUGAAUCCUUUAUGUAUAUCAACGAGUCCCAACAGGUUGGUAAAUGAAACAGCUUACUUUCAAAAGUUAAACCAAGGCUAUCCUGCUGGUAGCAGGAUCACAUAGUGAUAUAAUACAUUCUCUGCUUCUGUUUUUAGGAAGGGUGAUAACUCCACCAUUUAACUCUAUUCAUGUUAAAAUCCUUCUGUGUGUAACUGCUAUGCUUUUCGUCUUUGUCAUUUUGGCCUUAUUGCUCAUACAGAAAUUUCACAGGUUCAGAUUUAAGAUCAUAAUAAUACAAUAAGAGAGACAGAAGCAAUGCGACAUCUUGAGCCUGACCUACUCUUAAUACAAUCUCAAAAUUGUUACAGUGCUGAAGAGGCCAUUCGGCCUAUUGCGUCUAUAUUGGCUCUCUGGAUGAGUAUAAGGGCUUAGUACCAUUCUCCUGCACUUUUCCUAUAGGCCUGCUUGUUAUUUCAAUCUAAAUAAUCAUCUAAUAUCCUUUUGGAUGUGCCCAUUGAAUCUGCCUUCAUUCUAUUUCCAGGCUGUGCAUUCCAGACCCAAACCACCAGCUGCGUGCAGAGGUUGUUUUCUCACAUUACGUUUAUUCCUUUUGCAAAUCAUUUUUAUUCUGCGUUCUGUUAUGGGAAGAACAGUCUCUCCUUAUUUGCUCUGUCCAUAAUUCUCAUGAUUUUGAAAACUUUGUACAAAUCUUCUCAUUGCCUAUUCCUCUCCAAGAAAACAGUGUAAAAUUAGCG